CUUCGAUCGGCUGUGGAACUCCAGGGAUUCGGGGUCGCUGGUUUAAUUAGCUCGGACAGGUGGCCGAUCUGAGGUCCGCCUUCCCCUCCUGCUGUUUGCCUAGCCGCGUUUCGCCCCUGCCGCUCCGGCGACCACCCAGGGCCGUUGGAGCAUGGCUACGCUACUCCGGAAAAUCGGGCUGAUUCGUCUUCACAAUAGGGACACGGAGGACCCCAAGCACCAUCACCACCAUCACCGGCGCGGCAGCCUCCAGCAGGGCUCCUCGCUGCGAGGCAAAAGCAACCAUAAGAAUAAGCCGCAGCUGCAAGGCACGCCGGCUAGCGGCUGCGGCAGCCCCAGCAGAGAGAGCUGCAGCAGCCGAGGCGGUAGCCCGACUCGCAACAAGCCGAAGAAGGUCCUGGAGCUGGCCAAGCAGCAGCCGGUGGGCCACGACGGCGGGAAAGAAAAGGCGCAGCAGCACGGAGGCGGCAAGGAGGCGGGCUCUGGGAAGGAGCAGCCUUCGGGGGGGGGCAGCGGCGGUAGCCGCUCCGGCUCGGCCUUGGUUUCCACGUCUUUGGUGCCGGCCAGCCGGCAGGCGCACUGCACACAAGUGCGCACCCGACGGCUGAUGAAGGAGCUGCAGGACAUCGCCCGCCUGAGCGACCGCUUCAUCUCGGUGGAGCUUGUGGACGAGAGCCUCUUCGACUGGAACGUGAAGCUGCACCAGGUGGACAAGGACUCAGUGCUGUGGCAGGACAUGAAGGAGACCAACACUGAAUACAUCCUUCUCAACCUCACCUUUCCAGACAACUUCCCCUUCGCGCCGCCCUUCAUGCGCGUGCUCAGCCCACGCUUGGAGAACGGCUACGUUCUCGACGGCGGAGCCAUCUGCAUGGAGCUGCUCACUCCCCGAGGAUGGUCCAGCGCCUACACUGUUGAGGCUGUCAUGCGCCAGUUUGCUGCUAGCCUUGUGAAAGGCCAGGGCCGCAUCUGCAGAAAAGCUGGAAAAUCAAAAAAGUCCUUUAGCCGUAAGGAAGCCGAAGCAACUUUUAAGAGUUUGGUGAAGACCCAUGAAAAAUAUGGGUGGGUCACUCCUCCCGUGUCUGACGGCUGAUUACUUGCAACCCACUCAUCAGACGCUAAACAACACAACUCAACCACAAAAAUGAAGUACUUUUUGACAUUUUCUCGAUGCUGUAUACCACAUCCAUCCUUUUCUACUUCAGCUUCUGUUAAGUAUCAUGAAUGUCAUGGAGACAUCCAAAUUAUUUAUGAGCAGAUCUGUUUACAAAGGGAAGGAAGGGAAAUGCUGUAGAAGAUUAUAUUUUGAAACUGGUGAAUGAUCAUUUGAUCAUCUUACGUCACUUUAGUGCAGAUGCUGAGAUUGUAUCACUUGCCCCUAUCGAGCCUGUCCCCUCUCUUCCAUCUCAGCCACAUUGUCACCUGCUUUUUCCCAUGGCACAGCAACAACAGCUGGUGGUAGUGGAAAUUCCAUCCAUUGUUGCUUAGUUCGUUUAAAUGUGGAAUGAAGCCGUUAAUAUUUAAUUAGGGAAACAGUGCAUUGAAGAUCCAUGUUUGCUGUGCUGUUUUUGAUCUCUUUUUUUCAAGCAGGUCAACCUACCUUGAAGAUGUGUUUUCUGUGGAGCUGUGGUCUGCUGUGGCUGAAUUUUAGACCUCAUUUGUGCUCUGUAACAUGACCUUUUGUUCAUAAAAAAAAGUCAGAAUUCUAGCAAAGACACAAAGUCUGGUAUUUAAAACAAAAGGCACUCCGUUGCUCAAAACGUGCUAGCUGUUUGAUAAGUGGAGUGCAGUUGUUCACCAGGAAAACCAGUCUGGUCCCAUGAAGGCCAGGCAGAAAUCAAAUGAGCCCAUAAGCAAGAGAUUGCAAAGAAUUGGUGGCCAAAUAAUUCUCAUCUUCCCAGUAGGAUGAGCAUCUUUUCCUGUUCACUUCUGCAGUGGCCAAAAGUAGACUGAUGAAGAUUUAACCUUAAAUGCAUGGUACUCAGUUUGACAUGAUAGACCUGUUACAAAAGCUAACUCAGAUUUUUUAAAAAAAUGAGGCAUCUUUAGGAUUAUUUGCAUGCCAGGAUUUCCUUUCCCAACAUAAAAAAACAAGUACAUUUGAGUCCCGUGUCAGAAUUGUAUAUAAAUGUCCAGCAGGUACUGAAGAUUCACAUUCCUUCUUAUAUUAAACAUAUUUUUAAGACUUCAUAUAAUGUUCUGAGGAAUACAAAGGGCGAAUCUGAAAUGUGGAACCCAAAUGGAAAAUUGCAUUGGACCCAUUCUAAAUAAAAUCAGUUGAACCAUU